AUGUAUUGUUUUUUAGUGCCUUAUAUUUGUUCAUUCAAGUAUGUUGAAUAUUUUGAAAGGGCCUCCAAAAGAACUGCAUAAUGUGUGGUUCACGGUGCGGGUUCGUAUAUACGUAUGUAAGUAUAUGCGUAUUGCAUGUGUACGUAUGAAUGUGUAACACCGGAAAUGAAUUUAUGUAACAAGAGAAACUUGAGAAACCUAUCAGAGUUAAUUCUUAAAAAGCUAGAGCAGUUUAUUGAAUUUAAUGACCAAAGGUUGUUAGAAGUUACGAGAGACAUGAGGGUGCCAAAAACUUCUGGAACUGUGGAUGAGGAUGAAAAAACCAAGUUCAUGAUGAGACAAUACGAAAGGGGGAAUAUCAGCUACUGUAACAACUGCGGUAACUGUAAUAACUGCAGCAAUAGCAGGAACAGUAAAAAUGUAGACAACAGCUGUGAGGAUAAAGAUAACAAAAGGAUAGAUGAAGAAGAAAAAUAGGACUCUAUCGAGUCCGAACUUUUGUAUGAUUGGCAAAAUUUUGAAGAAUUAACAGAGGAGGAGUUUAAUAAAAGAAUUAUUAAUUUGAGGGGUUAUAUAGAUCACAAUGAGAUGUUUGUUUUAUGGAAUUAUGUAUAUAAUAAGGGGAAAAAAAAGUAUUUAAAUUUAAAGGAAGAGUUAUGGAAAAUAUGUGAAAAAUUAUUAAUGCAAUAUGAUAUAUCAGAAGAUUAUAUUAUGAGAGAAUGGAAAAAAUUAAAUACAUAUUUAAAAGAUGAAUUAAUGAAAAAACAAAGAGAUGAUUUUAUGGAAUUAAAAAUGUUUAUAGACUCAAAUGAUAAUCUUCGUUGGGAAUAUGUAGCAUUUAUAAUAGAUAAAAAUCAAUCAUGGGAUGUUAUAAAACAUAUGACAAAAGAUAAACUGCAAAAUAAAUUAGUUGAAAGCUUUGAGAAAUAUGCAGAUCAAGCUCAAGAGAGGGAAAUUGAAAAAACUCCAAAAACUGGAGCUAGAAGUGGUUCAGCAAACAAUAAUAACGACGAACGUGAAAUAUUAGUGAGCAAUGUAUUAUAA